UGGGAUCCCAGUAAUGCAUCUUUGACUCCGCUAUUUCACAAUGGUAGUCUCCCAACCAGCUGCCCUUUGGGUUUACAAUGUUCUGUUUGAGAUGAGACUGGCUGCGUGUGUUUAUUUGUCUGAAUAGUGUUUGUAAAGGGUCUGGACUUUGGUCAAGUCUGCAGAACUCAGUAAUGGAGUCGCCCACCACCGCAGAAACUAUGAGAGCGAAGCUUAGCCACCUGGUGCUGUUGGCCCUGUGUUUCCCAGCCGGCGCCGGACAGCCUGACGCUCCAGUGUUCCUGAGCAGACAGGACGCUAGUAGUGUGCUCCAUCCUCGCUCACGUCGAGCUUACAACCUACUGGAGGAGCUGAGAGUUGGAAACCUCGAGAGGGAGUGUAUGGAGGAGAAAUGCAACUAUGAGGAGGCGCGGGAGAUCUUCGCACUCCCUGAACAGCUGAAGCAGUUCUGGAUGAGCUACACAGUCACUGAUCAGUGUGCCUCCGGACCCUGUCUGAAUAAUGCUACCUGUGUAACCCAGGUGAACACCUACGUCUGCAUCUGUCCUAAUGGGUUCGAGGGUCGGACCUGUGGCAUGGCUUUGGGGAGCUCGUAUAAUGGUUGCCUGUACAAGAACGGGGGAUGUGAGCACUUCUGUAAAGAGUUCCCAGACUUAGUUCCCAGACAAGUGUCCCAUAAAUGUCAUUGCGCCCCGGGAUACAGCCUAGGCAAUGAUAGCCAGAGCUGCUUACCCCAAGUUCCCUUUCCCUGUGGAAGAAUUGUGAAAAGUUCAAACUUCAGCCCACGAAUUGUUAAAGGAGAAGUGUGUCCUAAAGGAGAAUGUCCAUGGCAGGCAUUGCUGAAUCAUAUGGGUGUGUUUAAAUGCGGGGGGGUUGUCCUGGCUCCCCGGUGGGUACUCACCGCCGCCCACUGUCUGUCAGGCACCAUAGCCCAACACUGGCAAGUCAUAGUGGGCGAGCAUGACCGUAAAGAAAAGGAAGGCGAGGAGCAGAUUCGCCAGGUGGCAAAGAUGCUGAUCCACCCCGGGUACAUCCACAACACCACGGACCGGGACUUGGCCCUGCUGUACCUGAGGAACGAGGUAGCCCUCGGACCCUUUGUGAUCCCUGUGUGCCUGCCGGCCCUGGACGGUUCUUUCGGGCGCACGCUGGGGGCCCAGCGCACCUCCGUGGUGAGUGGCUGGGGCCGCCUGUCCCAGUCGGGUUCCCUCGCCAGGUAUCUCCAGAGGCUGGAGGUUCCCCACGUCCCCCUGCAGGUGUGUCGCAGCACGGGGCUCAACGUGACCAGGGACAUGCUUUGCGCCGGGUACAAGGAAGGGAAAAGGGACGCGUGCCAGGGAGACAGCGGAGGGCCUCUGGUGACCUUCUACAAGAACACCUGGUUCCUGACGGGUGUGGUGAGCUGGGGUAAAGGGUGCGCCGAAGCGCAGCGUUACGGAAUCUACACCCGCGUCGCUAACUUCCUGGACUGGAUCAACCAAACCAUGGCGACCGGCUUGUUCUUGGGGCGGGACCAGGCUCACGCCCUCCUGAUCAGACCCAGACGGGCCAACUCUGGCUGGUUUGAGGAGCUGAAAAAGGGAGACCUGGAACGAGAGUGCAUUGAGGAAAAGUGUUCCAAAGAGGAGGCGAGGGAGGUGUAUGAGCAUGAAAAAGCCACGGAGGACUUCUGGCAAAACUACAAUGUUGUAGACGGCUGCCUGUCCGCUCCCUGCCAGAACAGAGGAUACUGCUCCAGCGUAUCAGGAAAGACCCCCUCUUACACCUGCCUUUGCCGGCCGGGUUUCAGUGGAAGGAACUGUGAGCUAGUAUUCAAAGCCAUUCCUGAAUCUUGCUUGCAUGAGAACGGGGGCUGUGAGCACUUCUGCGAGGAAGUGGUGGGCAGACGCAACUGCUCGUGUGCUGAUGGCUACUUCCUGGGAGCUGAUGGACAGCGUUGCCUGACACAAGAAAGAUUUCCCUGCGGAAAGGUUCCUGUUCUUAACGGCAGCACCUCAGAGAAGGCAACCGGCCCACUGAGCCCCAAGUCACGCAUCGUGGGCGGAAACGAGUGCCCCAAAGGGCACUGCCCCUGGCAGGUGUUGUUAGUGAGUAAUAAGAAGGGCUUCUGUGGAGGAGUCAUCUACAAACCCACCUGGAUCCUCACAGCAUCUCACUGCUUGGUGAAUAUCAAGGCCCAACAGUUUCAGGUGGUGGCAGGGGAACAUGACACAGAAAUAGAAGAGGGUACCGAACAGACGAUAGACAUUGCAGAGGUCAUCAUGCACAAGAGCUACGUGCACGCAACGGCAGACAACGACAUCGCCCUCUUACGUCUGAAGAAGCCCAUCAUUUUCACACCUUUCGCUGUGCCUAUCUGCCUGCCCACGCAACUCAUGGCAGUGCGUGAUCUCUGGGCGGUCCACCUCCACACGGUGAGUGGCUGGGGCCGGCGCAGCGAAAACGGGCCCACCUCACGUCUCCUUCGGCGGUUGGAUGUGCCACGUAUCCGCAGCCAGGAGUGCGUGGAGAAGAGCGGCGUCAUGCUAACGACUAACAUGUUCUGCGCCGGCUAUAUCGAGGGCAAGCAGGACUCUUGUAAAGGGGAUAGCGGCGGACCACUAGUGACUCUCUACAGAGACACCACAUUUCUGUUGGGCAUCGUCAGCUGGGGGAAGGGCUGCGCCCAGCCUGGGAAUUAUGGGAUAUACACCCGCGUCUCCAACUACCUGGAUUGGAUUCAUAACUACACGUCAAAGCAGCCGACAAUGCAGAGCCAGAAUGCAGCGGCUGUUUUAGAUAGCCCCACAGUCAUCCCGAAAAAUACCAGGGCCACUCUGAAACACACCAUGGCCGAUCUUAAAGCUAUCACAGACACCCCGAAAAACACCACGGCCAAUCUUAAAGCUAUCACAGACACCCCGAAAAACACCACGGCCAAUCUUAAAGCUAUCACAGACACCCCGAAAAACACCACGGCCAAUCUUAAAGCUAUCACAGACACCCCGAAAAACAUAACGGCCAAUCUUAAAGGUAUCACAGACACCCCGAAAAACACCACGGCCAAUCUUACAGCUAUCACAGACACCCCGAAAAACACCACGGCCAAUCUUAAAGCUAUCACAGACACCCCGAAAAACACCACGGCCAAUCUUAAAGCUAUCACAGACACCCCGAAAAACAUACCGGCCAAUCUUAAAGCUAUCACAGACACCCCGAAAAACACCACGGCCAAUCUUAAAGCUAUCACAGACACCCCGAAAAACACCACGGCCAAUCUUAAAGCUAUCACAGACACCCUGAAAAACACCACGGCCAAUCUUGAAGCUAUCACAGACACCCCGAAAAACAUAACGGCCAAUCUUAAAGCUAUCACAGACACCCCGAAAAACACCACGGCCAAUCUUGAAGCUAUCACAGACACCCCGAAAAACACCACGGCCAAUCUUAAAGCUAUCACAGACACCCUGAAAAACACCACGGCCAAUCUUGAAGACAACACGGCGACCCCAAAAAACACCAGGGCCAAUUUUGAAGACAACACGGCGACCCCAAAAAAGACCACAGCCAAUCUUGAAGCUAUCACAGACACCCCAGAAAACACCAAAGCCAAUCUUGAAGCUAUCACGGACACCCCAGAAAACACCACGGCCACAGUUAAGAACACCAUAGCCAACCUGAGAAACAUCACAGAUAAUCACCAUGUAGUGUUGAAUCUCACAGGAGAGGAGUCCACUGCAAUAAUGCUGGUGAAAACAUUUUACGCAGUUUGGGUUAUUUCAACCAUUGUUUCCGCUGCUGUGUUCUUGGAGAGAGAUGAUGCGCACGUGGUGCUCGUCAGGUCCAAACGCGCCAACAGCGGUUACUUUGAGGAGAUGAAACAAGGAAAUCUUGAACGUGAGUGUAUUGAAGAAAUUUGUAACUAUGAAGAGGCUCGGGAAGUUUUUGAGGACGACACCAAAACGGAAACGUUCUGGCUGACAUACCGCCGUCGCGACCCCUGCCUGGACAACCCAUGCAAAAACAACGGAACUUGCGUUAAAAUGGAAAACUCCUACAAAUGUCAGUGUCCUGAAGGCUUUGAAGGAAAAUACUGUCAGACAGUAUUUGAGGACACUCUGAAAUGUCUUUACCUGAACGGGGGUUGUGAGCACUUCUGCAACAGUUCUGGUCCCCAACGCAAGUGUUCCUGCGCUCCUGGAUACGCCCUGGGAGAAGACGAGAGAAAGUGUAUUGCCCAAGUUCAGUAUCCUUGUGGCAAAAUCCCAAGCUUGGAUGCUGGAAUGAAUCAGACCCAGAGAGUCAGUUUACAAGUCAAACUAGUGGGUGGAAACAAUUGUCCCAGAGGACAGUGUCCAUGGCAGGUCUUGUUGAAGCAUAAUGGCAGAAGUCUCUGUGGUGGUGUCAUAGUUCAUCCUGAAUGGGUCAUCACAGCUGCCCACUGUGUCGUGAACAGAGAUGCCAAGGAUCUGAUUGUGGUUGCAGGGGAACAUAACCUCGACAUACCAGAAGGCACAGAGCAGGGGAUCUAUGUCGCCAGUGUGAUACCAUACAACCAGUAUGAACCGUCAACAGGAGACGGUGACAUCGCCCUGCUGCGUCUGAGGAUGCCCAUAGCCCUGGGCCCCAACGCCGUGCCAAUCUGCUUGCCUCAGCAACACUUUGCCAAAAGCGAGAUGGCGGCUGUCCGCUUCCACAUCAUCAGUGGCUGGGGGAAGCGCACCAGCGGCGGCAACGAUAACCAAACUGGCGCCUCCCACACCCAUUAUAGCUCGCCCAUCCUCCGCAGGCUAGCCGUGCCCCUCAUUCCCAACUCAGAGUGCAGCCUCAAGUCUGGCUUCAACUUCACGCAGAACAUGCUGUGUGCCGGCUACUUUUUGGGGAACCAUGAGGCCUGUAGGGGAGACGAUGGGAGCCCCCUGGUAACUUACUACAGUAACACCUAUUUUCUGAUGGGUGUGGUAGCCUGGGGGAGGGGCUGUCCUAAAGAGGGUUCCUAUAGUGUCUACACUAACAUGGCCAGUUUCCUGGACUGGGCUGAGGAGGUGAUGAAAACCCCUGUUGUUGGUGGCCCAUUUCUGGGCGAGGGUGUUGCUGAAAUGCCAUUCGAUCUUGAGUCAGCGUUAGAUGACUAUUAGAUUCAGCAGGUACCAGAGAAGACUGUGCCACCACCUCCGCUUUAAGAGAUUAGUCACCAGUCAACGCAACACCACACGUCACUUUAGUGCCACCAACCAUGUUCCAAUCUCAAUGAUGAUUCUUCCUUUAAGUGAAGAGUGCAUUUCCUGACUCAGUGAUGAUUUAAAUGACCUAAUGGCAUACAACAUUCAAUGUAUUUACUUCCCAAGAUUCCUCGCUGAUUUCUUGAGAAUAAAAAAUACUUCCAAACAAAA